UGCAGCCACAAACAGGAACCCAUGGGCGAGGUGUGUCUGAGUGAGAGAGGUGUCACGUCAAGUGUACCUGCCAGUGCGGUCGUGCGAUGGGGCCGGUCGAUUGUGAUUGUCCGCGGGUCUGGGCGGACGGGGAGGCAGCACGGGGGGAACAGGGGGGACAGGGGGAGGGACCGGGGGAUAAUGCGGCUGUGACGCCAUAGCAAACGGGCUGAGAAUGAUAGAAGACAUACGAUGAAGUUGGCUGCAGAAUGAGGAGGAGAUGCCUUGCAUCUAUAUCUCUCCUUACUGUUCGUUUGCCGACGCUGGUGGCCGCACGGCAGCAGUGGGGACCAGUGGAGGGGGCCCACUGAUGAACGAGACACAUACACAGCCGACUGGAAUGACAUGGCCAGCCCAUCAAGUGCGCACUGUACCCACCGGUGUGUGCGCGGGUCGGCCGGCAUGAAGUUUGGGCCCGGCCCACGGCCAGCAGGGGGCCUGCCGGCACGUAGCUGCCCUGACACCGAACGGCUCACACUGAACAAAGGCGCACAUGCAACAAAUGGAGCGAAAACGACAUCGAUGCAUGUAUCGAUGCGCACCUGAGUGGCCGAGCAGGCGGCGUUGGGGGCGGGAAGGGAGGCUGAUCGUGCUGCUGUUUGUGUGUUUUGUCUUUCCUUUUUUGGCUGCGUGUGACGACGGGCACGAAGUCACCACUCUCGCUGUCGGUGACAGCAUCCGCAGGGCAGGGACGAGAGACGUCUGCGAUCGAUGACGAUGACCUGCACAACGACGCGCUGGUCAUGUACAUUUGUAAGGAAGAGCACACUUUCUUCCGUGAUCCUUACGUCGGGGGCGGGUCGGCAGACGAUGACGAGGGCCGCUGAUCGUCCAGUUCCCUGUCGUCACACGCAUACACACACACACACACACGCAUACAUGCAUGGAGUGUCUGCUCACUUCCCUCAUCCCCACCUGCUGUCAGCUGGUGUCGAUGGCAUCGACGGCUCCUCGUCCUUGUCAAUCGCCUCACGCUCGAUUGACACUGACUGCUGCUGCUGCUCGUGCUGUUGCUGCUCGUGCUGCCGUGCUCCGCCCUUGGCGCCCUUCUUGCCGCCUUUCUUGGCUUUCUUGGCCUUCUCCCUCGCCUCCUCCCUGAUGAGCUCAGCGGCCAUCUUUGCCGCUUUGGACACCUCCUCUUCUGGAGCUGGUGUCCUCUGCUUCGCCUCCUGCUCCACCUCUCGCUGCAUCUCUUGCUUUAUCCUCAGGACCUGGCUCCGAGCAAUGCGGUCCUCGGCUCCAUUGAGUGAUGCUCCGUGCUUCAGUAGCACACGGAUGCCUCGCUUCAGUCUGUCGACCUCAGCCUGCGGGGCCUUGCUCCUCUCCGCCUGAGAUAGCGCCACCCCAGCUCCGUUGAGUGUCGUCGAAUCUAGCCCCGGAAUAGUCUUGUUAAUCCCCUCUACCCCGAGCUGCCCGCACAGCCAAUCGACCAUCUCAGGAGCGCCCUGGCCCAUCGUGAUGGCAAGGGGUGUCAUGCCCAGUGCGUCCAAGACGUCGAUCUGCGCUCCGUGCGCUCUCAUCAGGUCGAGGUAGGCCAGGAGGAAGCUGGGUGAGAAGGCGGGCGAAACCAUAGCUGCCACAUGAAUGCAGGUGGGGCAGCCGAAAUUGAUGGUCUCGCUGGCGAGGGAUGGAUCCUCAUCGAGGACACGCCGGUAUGUCUUGAGAAGGGCCGCUUCGUAUUCGGGGCUUUCUUCUGGUGGCAAUGCCUCAGCCAAGGGGAGGUAGGCAGCCUCCAGCCCUCUUGUCCUCGCGCCAUGCCUCAACAGCACAUCGACCGCCGUCACGUUGCCGUACACAACGGCCACUCGAAGGGGCUUCCACGAUGCGCCCUUGCUUCCACGCGUCCUAUCAACGGGGACACCAUUCACAUCUGCCCCAUUGGCGAUGAGGGCCUCGAGCACCGCCUGUUGGAGCUCGCGAGAGGGCCAUCUUGGGAGGUUUAGCUGCAUGCCUUCACUCCUAUACACGCCGAUUGAGCUGCCGGUAGCAUCGUCAAUGGCCAGUGAGAGGAGACUGAUAGGCUGGGUCGACCGAUAACUGGCCAUCAGCUUCGUCUCCAUUGUGGCAUCGGCCCCCUCUCCACACAGACGAGUGACGUCGUCAGCCGAUGUGAUGGUGCGACGGACAACGCCGCUCAGUAGCUCUCGGGACACCCUGAUGCUUGUGAUGCUUGUCGGUGGCAUGACACCAAUGGACAACCUUCUGAACCCUUGAGGCACGAACAGCGCUGACACUUCGUCCGAAAACCCGUCUUCGUCAACCUCAUCGAAGAAGAUGUGUUCUUCGCGGACACCAGCGGUCUGACGACACACAUGCGACGACGUUCGAGGUGCACACCGUCGGACAACAGUCGUCUACAGCAGAGUGCUCACCUCCUCGAGUGGCGGUGUAUCAGCAGCAACGUCAAGUGCCGAAGUGUCCACGACCGUCGGGCCACCCAAUGAGACACUGCUCCCCCCCUCCACUUGGCACCCGCCGGCUCGCGCACUGAUCACCAGACGAGCACACACAGCAACCUGUGGCCAUGCUGCUCUCACUGCGCCUGUGUGCGUGUGUGUGUGUGUGUGUGUCGCCCCACCUCUGUAGAGCACUCUGCAUCAGUGAAGACGACUGACCCGCCACGGGCGCCUCAAACAAUGCCGGCCUCUCGACAGGCCGUCGCUUGCCCCUCUUCCUGUUGCUGCUGCUGUUGGCUUUGCCGGUGAUCUCCGCGGCAUCGUCUCGUGUCAGCUGCUCGUGGAUCCGCAUGUCACCCUCUGCUGCUGCGGAGGGGGAGGUCAUCUCGGGAGCGGCGGGUGGCGACGAUACUACGCACAGAGGCAACACCACCGAGUGGCCUUUCAUGCUUUCGGUCGGUUGCGUAGAUGCGUGCCUGUCUGAUCAGAGAGGCCAUCCGGCAGGUCCUCCUUCUGAGCAGACACACAGAUGCAAGCACACGCGUCGGAUGUGAUGGGGAACGAUGCGCACACCUCCAUCUCGCCACAUACCUGAUCAGCCAUCACAGAAACGCCAGCGUCACACAGCGACUUGCAACGCGUCAGAGGGGGAGGGGCACAGGGACCACCAACAUCCGUUCCUUCUUCGUUAGCUCGCAGUUCCAUAUGCCCAGAGCAGGCAGGGU